CAAUCCCCAUCGGCGCUAUGGCUGACCAAGGCCGACCAUGGAUUGCAUGCCUCCCUCCCAUCUCUGCUGGGUCUGGGCAACCAGGGCUCCGAUGGGGAUCUGGCUUUCCCCACUCGCCCAGGCCCAGCAGGCCGUUUUUUGCCUGCCAGGUCUGGGCAUGAUUUACCACCUCUACUCGCCCUUUCUAGCUGGCCGCUUUGCCUCCUUCAAGCUGUGCGGGUCUGCCGAGCAUCAGUGAAGUUGCUACCCAAGAGCUGCCAGGGGUAGAGACACCCAAUAAUGUGCCUCCUUCACUGGGGCUGUUCAACAGGGAGAGCAGAGCCCCACCCUGUCCUGCGAGGCAGCAGCUCCGGAGCGCUUUUGGGUCGCUGCCCAAUCAACGCAGCUCUUUCAGACAGAGCCCCGAGGCUGCAGUCCCUUCCCUGGACUAAAGGCAGCCUUCUGCCUUGCAGGCUCCCCACCCCACCCGCUCUCGCAUCUCCGUUCUGAGCUGAGGGUUGCAGUCAAAUUCCGGGAAGGUGUGGCUCAUGCGCCUGUUGGCAAAGCGGGGCUGGCAAGACGUGAGCGAGCUAGGAAGUGGGGCCCACAACAGUUGCCACUGCUUGGCUGCCUGUCCUCCCUCUCAGCUGCCCACUCCUGAAGGAGGACAGUCAUCGCCGUCACUGGAGAUGGAGGCGGGAAGGGCUGGCUGGCCAGUGGAUCAGCGCUGCUGAGCCCCCGACUUGGGGCUUCCUUGCCACAUCCACUCCAAGAGAUGCCUGGCUGGUCCAAUUCUGCCUGCCAGAUGUGCGAAGCCCUUGCCCGAGCCUGUGCAUGUAUUCUGCAUGUGCGGAGGAAGUUCCGGGGCGGCCAGCAAGAUUCCAAAAGUGGAUUGAAACCACCGUGAUGGGAAUGGAAUGGAAUUCAGCAAGGUUUCUCUCCCCCACUCCCAUUUGCUCUUCUAGCACACUUUUCUGAGAGACAGAUGGGGGAGAGGAGAGAGAGAGAGAGAUGUUGAUUGUUACCUCCUUGGGGCUGAGAAGAAUUGCUGCAAAACUGAGUUUUCUGAAGUGGACCACUAGACUUGUAAACAAAAAAUUAUCUAGUGAAAAGUCAAACAAAAGCAAAUAAAACACCCCCAGAAGCAAAACAAAUUAAAGUUUAAUUUGUGUGUAUUAUCUAAUCGACUGCUAAAUUGGCAAAAUGGACUGCUAAAUUGGGCAUGCCCACCCAGUCACAUGAUCACCUAGUCACACCCACCCAGCCAGUCUGGUCCCCCAACAGUCUGAGAGACUGUGAAGUGGCCCCCUGUUCAAAAAGUUUGAGAACCCGUGAUUUAGACUGUACAAAAUAAAUAUAUAUUGUACCAAAUUAAGCUGCUAUUAUGGAUGGUGAUACUAUGGAGGCUCACGAGGGAGUGGCCUGACCAUGAUGGGAGAAACCAAUAUCUCCCCCAGUUCCACAGGAUCCUACCACUGUUUUAACAGGAAAAAAAGAUCAGUAUGACCACUAUUAUGUGUUGGGCUCUGGAUGACUUGGGGCAGAUCCAUGACUCUUGUGGUGGCCAGGAACUCUGAGAUACCUCAGACCCCAUAUCCAGGGAAGGCAAGCAGAAGUAUUCCAAGACCAUAACCCUGGAGAACUCCAUCGUCAGCUCAGAACAGAAUCAAGAUGCUCAGUUUUGUCUAGAAUGAGAAUCUCCAGAUCUGCUUCAUGUUGCACACCAAGGACAAGAAACAGCAGUUCAAAGGGGAAUUUUUUUAGCUCUCCUGAAGGUAAGUAUGGACCUGCAGCAAAAGAGUCACAACCACUCCACGCAGCAAAAACCUCCGAUGUUACUGGAAGGGCGACUGCCUGUUUUGCUGGCUCUGCUUUUUCUCCACUCCCGUGCAAUGGCCCCGACAGUGAGGAUGAUCCUAUCUUUGUCGGAGACCCCCCGGGGAAUCCCUCCCAUCACCUGCCCCUUGCCUCUCCCCGGAGGGGCUCUGCUGCUUCCUGGGGGAGGCCAGGUGCUUCCUUCAUCCAGAGCCAACGGCAGAGCUCAAGGGAGCCGGAGAGCUCCGAUGAGGAGGUGGAAAGCCUUGUGGUUCGCAUGAAGCAAAGGAUGUUCUUCCCCGAAGCCAAGAGGGCCGGGAGCCAGAAAAGCCUCCGUGAGGAGAGAGGCCUGGGGACUUCCCUUGAAAGCCCAGCCACAGCUGCCAAGAGAGAUGGCAGCCUUCCCUCAGCAGCCGGAAUCCCUGCUCCUGGCACACCAUGUUCCCCUGGAACUUCGAAGAGCAAGGCCCUCAUGGAUAUUACUCAGUCAGUUACUCGGAUGCAAAUGAGGGGACCCUGCCUCGUCCAGGGCUGCUUCCUGCAAGAGUUGUCAGACCCAGAAUCCCAACUUGCAAAACAUUUCCGGAGCAAAAAAGAAGGACUGGCUCAAAGGCUGUAUUCUUUUUACAACCAUUCUAUCUUUGAGAAAAAGCUGCCCGAGAGAAUGGAGAUUACCUGGAAUAAGAAGAUGCAGAAGACAGCAGGGUGCUGUAUAACUGGCCAGCUGAAGGAGCCAGAGAUGCAGCGUUAUGCCAAAAUAAUGCUAUCAGAAAAAGUCUGUGAUUCUGCAGAUCGACUUCGGGAUACUCUCAUCCAUGAACUGUGUCAUGCAGCGACGUGGUUGAUCCACGGUGUUCGAGAUGGGCAUGGGCGAUUCUGGAAUGUAUAUGCCAAGAAGUCUGCUACGAUUCAUCCAGAGCUCCCAGUGGUCUCACGGUGCCACAACUAUGAGAUAAAAUACAAGUUUAUUUAUGAAUGCUUACAGUGCAAAAACACAAUUGGGCGGCACUCCAAAUCCCUGGACACGCAGCGCUUUGUCUGCGCUCUUUGCAAGGGGCACCUGGAGCUUUGCCAGCCCAAGUUCAAAGAUGGCACCCCAGCCAAAGCCCCGCUUGCUCCAUUUGCAAAAUACGUGAAGGAAAACUACAGCUCUGUGAAGCAGUCUCAGCAGGGCCUGAGCCACGGAGCCAUAAUGAGGAAGCUCAGCGUGGACUUCGCCUCCUGCACUUGAUUGAACGAUUAGUACGGCAGCUCCAGACCAAUGGUUGCAAAAUGAGGUUUUCUGAUGCAGAGGAGACCAAGGCCAAUGGAAAAUCAUUCAGCCUUUUAAAUGUUAUUUGUAUGCUUAAAAAUGUAUUUGUAUGUGUUCAUUUUCUCCUAGGGCUUCGAAUAAAGCAUAUGUU